CACCCGCGUUUGUACAGUACUUAGCUAGACUAGCUCUAGCUUGCUAGCGAAUAGUACCCUGUCUGGUAGUUAAAGUACUGUAGGUAGAUUGUUUAGUGAGAGAUUAUUCGCUUGUUAAACCUGCUGGCUAGCAAGAUAUUAAUUCAAAGUCAUUUUUGAGCGGUAUUGUAUCUAAACAUUAAUGCAAGAGAGGGUGAUUGAGUACUACUGACUAGCUUGGCUUCAGUAGCUGGCUGUCCUUUCGAGCGUUUGAGAUGUGAUUGCAUCGGAUCUUCUCCACUGUGCCAGCCAAAUGUCUAGGCCAGAGACUUGCCUGCACCUCGCAUGGUAGAGGUGCCAGGGAGGAGCGGAGAGGUGCUGGCAGACAACGUGUAGUGUGGCCUGCCAUCGUCCCAUGAGCGUGGUCGUGCCAGGCCUGCGCUGCCAGUAACUGGGGCUGUGGUGAGCACAGCUCACAGCUUUCUCUGGACCCUCCCCAGCUGCCAGCCUCUGUGGUGCCCGUGCCAUGGACCAUCCAAGAGAGAAGGAGGGGGAGCGGCCGGCCAGGAGCAGCAAGGUGGCGCAGCGCAGUGGCCACUCUUCACGGCCCUCCAGCUCCUCUACUUCCUCUGGGGUUCUCAUGGUGGGGCCCAACUUCCGUGUGGGCAAGAAGAUUGGCUGUGGAAACUUUGGCGAGCUGAAGCUUGGUAAAAACCUCUACACCAAUGAGUAUGUCGCUAUCAAACUGGAACCAGUUAAAUCAAGGGCUCCACAGUUGCAUUUGGAGUAUCGGUUCUACAAAACUUUGGGAAGUACAGCGGAAGGCCUGCCCCAGGUGUUUUACUUUGGGCCCUGUGGAAAGUACAACGCCAUGGUGUUGGAGCUGCUAGGCCCCAGUCUGGAAGACUUGUUUGACCUCUGUGACAGGACCUUCUCACUAAAGACUGUCCUGAUGAUAGCUAUUCAGCUGAUCUCUCGGAUGGAGUAUGUGCACUCAAAGAAUCUCAUCUACAGAGAUGUAAAGCCUGAAAACUUUCUCAUCGGACGGCAAGGAAACAAAAAGGAUCACAUAAUCCACAUUAUUGACUUUGGCCUGGCCAAAGAAUACAUUGACCCAGAAACCAAAAAACACAUUCCAUAUCGGGAGCACAAGAGCUUGACCGGCACAGCCCGAUACAUGUCCAUUAACACACAUUUGGGUAAAGAGCAAAGUCGUCGAGAUGACCUUGAAGCGUUAGGUCACAUGUUCAUGUAUUUCCUCCGAGGGAGUUUACCGUGGCAAGGUCUCAAGGCUGACACGCUGAAAGAACGCUAUCAGAAGAUCGGAGACACAAAAAGAAACACACCCGUAGAAGUUCUCUGUGAGAGCUUCCCAGAGGAGAUGGCCACCUAUUUGCGCUACGUUAGGCGGUUGGACUUCUUUGAGAAGCCUGAUUAUGAAUACCUGAGGACUCUGUUCACUGAGCUCUUUGAGAGAAAAGGCUACACCUUCGAUUACACCUAUGACUGGGUCGGCAGGCAAAUCCCCACACCUGUAGGGUCUGUCCAUAUAGACUCUGCAGCCUCCGCCAUCACGAGAGAGAGCCAUCCGCACAGAGAUCGGCCUUCCCAGCACCAACCCAUGAGAAAUCCGACGGCAGCCACAGACCGGCGGGGAGCAUGGGAAGUGCAGCCCAGUCGGCAGACUAAUUCCUCCUACCUGACGUCCCACCUGGCGGCGGACAGGCACGGUGGCUCAGUGCAGGUGGUCAGCUCAACCAAUGGGGAGCUGAAUGCAGAUGAUCCACUGGCAGCCCACUCAAGUGCACCAAUCACAGCCCAGGCAGAGGUGGAGGUGGUGGAUGAGGCCAAGUGCUGCUGCUUUUUCAAGCGAAAACGGAAGAAGAACACACCGAGGCACAAAUGAUGCUGAUGAUGGCCUGUGUCAUCCGUGUUUCUUGGUCAGCCGAUUGUGAUUCCAGUAAUCAAUGAAGUCCGGUUUCAGACAACAACAAAAAACAAAGAAGAGAAUGAUGCUCCAGAAGAUCUUACAUGAAAAUCAUUCUUUGGGGGAGGGGGGUGUUACCUUUUGCUCUGAGAAUCGAGAUGUGCUUUGAAUAAAAGUGAGAAUUUAUUUUACUUUUUAUUUUUUAACUCCUUCCGCAGUGCUUGGGAGUAUUAGGCAGACUCAGUUGACGGGAGUUGGGAUCCUGUACAUUGGGAUUCAACAGAGAACGAAGGGCAUUUCAAAAAGGCACUUGGGCAGCAUUUGCACUUCUCUAUUAGCUGCCCCCUCCCCCCUCCGUUUUUUAAGGAUUCUCCAUGGAAGUAGAAGCAAAGAGAGAAGACUCGGGCGCCUCUCAAACAUCGCACUGUACCAUGUCAUCCCAGCUUUCUUCACAUCCCAGCAUCCCUCACUCCUGCUCUGGCCCAUGUAGAGGGCGGCUGCCUCUGUUUCCCAGCGUUUCCCCUCUAGAGCUCUGCACAGCGUUCUUUUGUGUGACGGAAUGUAUACCUGUAAACUGUUAGAAGGAGCCAGGAUCAGAAAGGCUUCACUUCUCCAACACGGUGAUGUGAACCUAAUGCAGGACUAAAUGUCUUCAAGCACGCAGGGAAAACCUGUCUGCAUCGCUCUGCUGAUUUGGCCCUGCACUUCAGCCUGACUUCCUCCAAAGGGGUUGAGAUGUGGCGGUGGGACAAGGAACACUGUGUAGUGCGCUCCAGAGAUGUCCUUUUGUUUCCUGAUAGUUUCUAUUGCAAGCUGCUUGUUUUAAAGCACUCACCCCACACUGCACUCGCUUCAAAACACUACAGACUCCCACGUGGCUUUGGUCUGGUUGGCUUUGGGAGUUCUAAAGACCUGACGCUUGCUUGUUGGCUGAGAAAUGGAAAGAGUUGCCAUGUAUGUCUUACUUCCAACCUUUAUUCAAACACGUGCGUGUGCACACACUCAUAAUGAUUGUAUGAGCAGAAAGUUUAACAAAAGCAUUACAAGAAUCUGGCAGGUGCUUGGAAAGGGAGUUCUCUGAUCAAGUGAUGGUUGGCAUUUAGUCAUUAAUUCCUUGUAAAUAUUUGACCAAUAAUAUAAACCAAUGAAAGCAAUGGCCACAUGAUGGAAACCAGUGAGCGUUUCUCAGUAAAAGAGGAUGCGAUGGGAUUCUGACUCUGAGACUAGAUAUGACGAUGAGCUGGCGAACAGUAGAACAUAAGCAUUAGAUCCCAGCUUUCUUCUGCUGUCCAAUGCCUUAACCAAACUCCCAAUCAUAGGGCUGAUAAAAUCCGUAUUUGCGUGUCAAGAUAAUUAUAUAUUCUCUGACGUGUAGUUUUGUGGAAUAAUGCCAAAUGCAAUCUGGAGUUGGUAAUAGUGAAUGACCUAAAGACACCCCUGCCCCCCUGUCUGUCUCUCUUGAUGCACCCCACUGUCACCCACCCCCAUCAGAGUAUAAGUAUUAGCUGUGAGACCACCUCUACUGAUGGGGAACAAUCCUGGGAGAACUAGGUCCAUCUUCUUGAUUGUAAUUUAUUAUGUUUUUUUUUUUUAGUUUUUAGUUCUUUUUCAGCAAAUGUGAAUUUGAAAUGUGAUAAACAUACUUAUUUUUCCAUUCCAAAUAGCCAUGCUUCAUGGGACCUGAGUGGACUAAUAGCUAGACACUAUAUCUGCACUACGUUCUUUGAGCCCCUCCCUUCCCAAGGAGUCCUUGCCUUUCUUGCACUGUACUUACUUUUACUUUAUUGUACACAGCCUUCUGUGAUAUGGAAUACAUUUAUCCAAAUAAUAGGCUCUUCCUUUCUCUUUCUUUUCCUUUUCAAACCCGUCCGGUGCCAUACGACUCUGACACACACAGAGACAAACUAUACAGACGUCAUCUCCUGGUGAGGUGUUUGAAAUGGAGUGCCGCUUGUCAUGUCAGACAGUGCAAUUCUUGAGAGAACGUCAAGGGCCUUGACAGACCUGUGCUUGUACAUGCAUAAUAUUGUGUAUUGUUUUCCUUUUGUUUUCUUUGAAAUUUCCUUCCUUAAGUUAUUGUGUGAGUACUUGAAUUAGAAACUCUGUGGGACUUUUUUCUGUUAUCUGCAGUAUAUGGUGUUUUCCAUUGAUGGCUUUUGAGGGAAUUCUGUGAGAAGGCUUUUUAAAUGACUGAUCUUCAUUCCUCUAAGAUGCCUUAGUGCCUCUUGAUUGAAUGUUAGACGUAUGGGCUAACAUUGCUGUCAGGCUCAUCACUCUGUUGGUUGUUUGCGCUAGCUGGUGAGAAGGACUAAGUGAGUAACAAGAUAUACCUGCAAGCUCACUGUCAGCUUUGGGCCAUCACUUUAGCUACAGUUUUCCCAGGUGGGUUGUUUGAAUGAUCUUAUGACCUUAUCAGUCAAUGGUGCCUACACUGCUGCCGAUGGGGACAUAUGGUGUCCUGUAGUUAUUGCGCUCAACAUACAUAUUAGAAACUGUGUUGGUCUUUGCGGGUCACAUCUUAGGUGCCACACCUGCUUAUUUAUGUACCACAAAAGCAUGUGCCUGUGGGACAUGUUAUUAUUUAGCUUUGAUUCAAUUGUUUAGUAACCAACUCUGUUCUGUCUGUAGAGCAGCAGUAAAUUCUGUACCAAAACUAUUGCUAAAGAUACGGCCUCUAGGACUUCACUUCACUCUGAGUCCUUGGGUUCAGGUGAGGCAUCUGGACAGAACAUUGUGCCACCUGCUGCCCAUUGUCCAACCCUCCAUUGCAUGGAGUGGCACUGCUGCUCGACAGUAAUGUAUUGAAAGUAUAAAGUAUUGUUGAGUAUAGUAAGAGUAAUUUCCAGACAAUGGCCUUGAGUUCCCCAAUGCCAUUCCGAUGACUACUACUCGCCUCAGCCUUUCCCUGUGCCGGGAAAUGUGACUUGACCAGCUUUUUUCAUUAUUUCCUCCUCCUGUAAGAGUUGCAAGUGCCAGUUAGACAGUUCAAGAAAGAACAAGACUGUGGAAAUACCUGAGAACAAGAUGGACCGUUGUUUUCCCUUCAUGCCACUUUUACCAAACCUCCAUUUUCAGUUGACCAUGUUGGAUCUUGUUUUGAAGUAAAAUGUGUGACUUUUGCCAUGUUUCCAUGUGGUGUAUGCUAAUUUGGGGUUUCUGUUUUAAUUAUAUCGUGGCUAUUCUCUCCCUUUUAAUUCUGAUCAGCAUCUGAAAGACAUGAAUCUACUAUGUGAUAUGUACAGUCUAGUUUAUAUGACAAGCUUGUCUAGACUGAGUAAUAUACUUAAGUUUGUAUCUGCAUGGCUUACCUGGAAAUGACAGCAGCCUACCUAAUGCAAGGCUAAAUAUAGUGGACCAUGGACUACAGCAAAACUGACGGUUAUUGUUUCCUGUUGAGUGUAGUGGGCCUGUAUGUCCUCAGGAGGCUCUGUAAAAAGGCUUGAUGUAAUUUGAUCAGUCAUCACCACAGCACAUUCCAAUUUUAGUUCCCUCCUGUGUCGUUACUUACAGUAGUUCAAUGCUUUGCCUCUCAAUCCUCAUUGCUUUUAAUUCACUUCAAUAUAUUGUGUAAUUCAUAUUUGUUUUUCCUACGUGUCAAAACAGGCAUGUAAAUCUGAGCAAAGGAGAGGAAUAUGGAAUGGCAAAGUAGUAUGUAAUUUGGUUCGUUUCUGGCACUUUUCUUCCCGUUUCUGUACUGUAGAAUUGGAUUCACUGUAAAUUGUAUCUGGGGAAUAUGCUUUGGGUGACAAAUGACUGCAAUAUUGUGAUGAUUCUUUUGAAAUUGUACAGACUUUCACCAUUCUUGAUUUUUUUUUUCUUCUGUUUUAUUCAGUAAGUAAUGUACUCAUUUUUUUUUUUUUCAAACUGUGGAGAAACAGAAUUGUACAGUACAACGAGAGUUUAUUCCUCCCUUUUUGCUCGAGCAAUUGUUUCAAAGCUAUGGUUGAGAGAAAUUUUACAGUUGUAUUAUGGGUAUUGUGUUGAAAUAUGAAUGUUACUUCAAAAUGUGUUUGAAUGGGUUAACCUAGUAAAGGGCUUCAUGAGUGAAGGACCCACUAUUUUGUUCUGUACAAUUUUUUUGUUGCAGAAAGAUAAAGGUUUUGACUUUUAUCAGAAAUGCCUAUUUUCCCUGGGGAGCCAUGUGAAACGUCUCACAUGUAAACCGUACAAAUUCACUUUUUAAUCCCUCCAAUUGUAAAAGGGAACUCCGGUUUGCAGCCUUUUUUAUGUAAAAUAAAACAUCUCUUAACCUUU